AUGGAAGGCUUGGAAGGCUUUAACGAUCCCGGUAAGCGCUUAGCUUUCUUAAAUUACACCAAGGACAAAUUAUGGGCAGCCAUCCCUGGUUCGGUUAAACAGUUUCCUUGGGAGAAAGCCGAGAGUGUUGCACUUCGAAAGCUACUUGUCAUUGGAAAGGAGACGUUGAAGUGGUCUUUGUUUGCAUUCUUUGGGUUUAGUUGCGUUUUCGAUAUCCCAUACUCUAUCUCAAGAAACAAAGAGUUGGUAAUUCCUUUCGGUCUUUUUGUCGGAACUUUGCUGGCCAAGUACCUCGAUCAAAUAUCUCAAGAACUCUUGCAUGACCACAAGGAUGAACAUGUUACUCGCCGUUUUUUGGGCAUAUCUGUCUUCUUUGUUAUAGUGAAGUUUGUGUCCACAUUCUUCCCCGGAGGAAAUAGUGAUUUCCUCCUGCAUGUUGGUAACGGUGGGCUGAUGCAAGUUGUGUGGAACUGGAAAAACUUGCCUGAACAAGAUGGAGAAAGUUCCACUUCGGAGGAUAUUCCGGCCAACUAA